AUGGAACUGAAGAUUUGGGCUUAGAGCUUAAUUUCAAGAGUUAGAGAGAGAGAGAGAGGGGUAAUUAAAGGGAUGUUUGUUGGGGGUGGAGGUUUUGGAGGGCCAAUGCGAAAAUCCUUCAAGGAGUCUCUGAAGGUUCUAGAAGCUGAUAUUCAACAUGCCAACACCCUGGCAUCCGAGUUCCCGAGGGAGUAUGAUGGGGCCCGCCUGCAAAUGCGAAUAUCGUAUAGCCCCACGGCGCACCUCUUCAUGUUUUUGGUGCAAUGGACCGAUUGUCAUCUAGCGGGCGCUCUUGGACUCCUCAGAAUACUAAUCUACAAGGUUUAUGUGGAUGGGACAACAACCAUGUCUACUCAUGAAAGAAAAGCAAGUAUUAGAGAAUUCUAUGCGGUUGUUUAUCCCUCCAUAAUUCAACUUCAGAGUGGGGUAACCGAUUCUGAGGACAAAAAACAAAGGGCGGUUUGCGUGGAGAGGUACAAGAGAAGAGACGACACAGACUGCGGGCAAUCGUCGGAUUUGGAUGGUAUGGAGAGUGAUGAAGAAUGUGGAAUAUGCAUGGAAGUGACUAGCAAAAUUGUGUUGCCGAAUUGCAGUCACGCCAUGUGUAUGAAAUGCUACCGCGAAUGGCGGUCAAGGUCAGAGUCGUGCCCGUUCUGCCGCGACAGCCUGAAGAGGGUGAGGUCAUCGGAUCUGUGGGUGUAUAUGAGCAGCCGCCGGGAUGUGGUUGACGUGGCGACGGUGAUGAGGGAGAACCUAAGAAGGCUGUUCAUGUACAUAGAAAAACUGCCUCUGGUUGCCGUCGUGCCGCCGCCUCAUGCCUCCGGCGGUUUCGACACCUACAACACUCAUCUAAGGUGAUUCAAAUCAAAUCCGAGUCUCAAUCAAUCUCCUUGAUGGAUGGAUGGAUGGGUUUUUUUCGGAGUCCAAAAUGGAUUGAUUAUAGCAAUGCUGCUUUAAUUUUCAUUA